UUUUUUGCAUAAAAGUUCAGAGAGCUCAGAAAACAGGAUGUCUUGACUCUCUUACAAAGGGCCUUUGCAAAAAAAGAGAAUCGUGUGCCAAUGAUACAGUCAUCGAGAUAAACACCUUACUUAAUUGAAUUAGAAGACUGUAUAUAUGUUAAUUAUGAGAAUAUCACUAGGAAAGUUUGGCUUGGACUACUGCCAGCUACCAGACAUGAUCUCCAAUGUGUCAACUAUGCUGAGAGUGCUGUCGUUGAAUAUUGAUAGCCGAAAUAGGAAGCGUAUCCCAAUCCCCAUCAACAUAUUAACAGUGAUCGUAUGUUUGAUCUAUAUCUACACUUACGUGAUAUCUGGCUUCUGGUUCACUUUCUGGCGCUGUCAGCAGACUGGGGAUAUGGCGGCAGCCAUGGUCGCCUUCUCCCUCAACGUUGCCAGUGAAGUCGCUGUUAUUAAGCUCUUCUAUAUGAUUUUUAAUGAAAAACUCUUCAAGGACCUGACUGACAAGUACCUGGCGUGUGACUCACGUACAGUCCCAGGCACCAGGUUUGCACGCAACAUGACGAAAGCUCUCCGCAAUGUCAAGAUGAGAGCAGUUGGCUACUGGAUCGUCCUCAUGGUGAACGCCGUACUUUAUAUCAUGAAACCGUUUCUUGCACAUGGACGACAUUUAGCGUGGGACGGAUUCGUUGUACUUGGUCUGGACCCGAUGUUAGAGUCUCCUAAUUAUGAAAUAGCUACUGCGGUGACAGCGAUAUCAGUACAUUUUAUUUGUUUCACUGUGGCAAACGUCUCAGGUUUCAUCAUAGUCCUCGUCGGCUAUACCGAAGCUCAGAUGCUCUCCCUCAGCGAAGAAGUCACACAUCUUUGGGGAGAUGCCAACAACCAUUACCAAAAAAUAAUGAACGAUUUGAGUAAAUUAGAAUCAGUUUACUUGAAAAACAAUAAAGUCUCUGACAGUUGGAAAGAAACUGAUAUACUUCAUGAGUACAUAAGGAAACAUUUAAUAGAUAUCAUAAGAAGACAUGCAGUCAACGUGAGUCUGUUACGAGAAAUCGAAAGUACAAUGAGAGGUCCAAACGCAGUGGGAUUUCUAUUUCUGAUCAUAGGACUAGUAGCAGAAUUGCUUGGUGGGUUGAAGAACACAAUAUUAGAGGUACCAUUCACAUUGACCCAGUUAGGAGUGGACUGUUUCUUGGGACAGAAGAUAAUGGAUGCAAAUUUGAAGUUUGAGAGAGCGGUGUACGAUUGUAAGUGGGAGUGCUUCAACCAAUUUAACAAGAAGAUUGUACUGGUGAUGCUGCAGAACUCUCAGAAGACCAUGACCUUGACUGCUGGUGGCAUGGUGACCUUGAGUUUCAGUUACUUUAUGAACAUUAUAAGGAGUUCAUAUUCUGCGUAUACUACGUUAGGGUCUAUGAUUUGAAGCCCCGCUUUGAUAGUUUAGUCAUUAGUCAAUAUACUGUGUGCAGACAGAAUCAACAUUUCAUUGAAGUUUUACGUUUGUAGUCUUACCUUAAGUUGAGGGUUCAUUUUGUGCAACAUUAGUUCUGAUCGCGAUUUCAGUUAAGUCUUGUCUGUCUCUCUAAUCAAUUAGUGCCAUGAUUCUAAAUAAAAUCAUGCCUUCUUCAAAAUUUAAAGUGUAUCCUUUGAUAAAUACCAGUAAUAAAGCCAGACUAUUUAAUCAUUCGAGUGUAAAUAUUUUGUUAUUUACGAGAAAUUCAAAUAAUCUACAUCAAAUUCACAGAAACCCUUAAGUCACACUUAAAAUACAAACGUUGAUAUAAACUGACAGGAAAAUCAAUAUGAUGAAAUUCGUUAUACCGACUAUAACAACAUUCACAUCAUUGUAACACUGUAUUCUUAUUACUUCUACCUACGCUCCUCUUAAAGACCUUGAAGGAUAAUUUAGAAGUACUUCAUAUUAUAUUCCUAUUUUAUAUAUUCUCC